UUUGAGCCUGUUGCUGGUGAAGCCCGGCCAGGGCCAAGCGUGGAACCCCUAGGCCGCGGUGCCGAGAACCCGCCGAGAGAUCGAACACCCUGGAGCGGUCCACCCGGAAUUCGUUCCGGGACCGCCGGCGGCCUCGCGCAGCUCCCCCGGGAUUUGCAGACGACCUCCUUUCUGGGUUGGCCUGUUGUCCCGGUAACGCGGGAGUCGCCCCCCCCCCCCAGCUCCGGUUCCCGGGACCGUGCAGCGCGGGACAGAGCCGGCCACCUGCGCGCGUCAUCAUCAUCGCCGCCCGGGCCCCGAAGCACCUCUGUCAUGAAGCCCAACUUUUCUGUGCGGCUGAGGGUUUUCAACCUCAACUGCUGGGACAUCCCCUACCUGAGCAAGCAUAGGGCCGACCGCCUGAAGCGCUUGGGAGACUUCCUGAACUUGGAAAGCUUCGACCUGGCUCUACUGGAGGAGGUGUGGAGUGAGCAGGACUUCCAGUACUUAAGGCAGAAACUCUCGCUCACCUACCCCGAUGCACACUACUUCAGAAGCGGAAUCAUUGGCAGUGGCCUCUGUGUGUUCUCCAGACACCAAAUCCAGGAAAUUACCCAGCACGUCUAUACCCUCAAUGGCUAUCCCUACAUGUUCUAUCAUGGAGACUGGUUCUGCGGGAAGGCCGUGGGGCUGCUGGUGCUCCAGCUGGGUGGAGUGGUGCUCAAUACCUACGUGACCCAUCUACAUGCUGAGUACAGUCGGCAGAAGGACAUCUACCUAACUCACCGUGUGACCCAAGCUUGGGAACUGGCCCAGUUCAUCCACCACACAUCCAAGAAUGCAGAUGUGGUUCUGUUGUGUGGGGACCUCAACAUGCACCCCAAAGACCUGGGCUGCCGCCUGCUGAGAGAGUGGACAGGGCUUCGUGACGCCUAUGUUGAGACUCAGGACUUUAAGGGCUCUGAAGAUGGCUGUACCAUGGUACCCAGGAACUGCUAUGUCAGCCAACAGGACCUGGGACCAUUUCCGUCUGGCAUCCGCAUUGACUAUGUGCUCUACAAGGCCGUUUCUGGGUUCCACAUCUACUGUAAGACUCUGAAAACCACUACAGGCUGUGACCCCCACAACGGCACCCCGUUCUCUGACCACGAAGCCCUCAUGGCUACUUUGCAUGUGAAGCAUGGCCCUCCUCAAGAAGACCCCUGUCCUGCCCACGGACCCCGUGAAAGGUCAGCACUGAUCAGUGCGCUGAGGGAGGCGUGGACAGAGCUGGGGCUAGGCAUGGCUCAAGCCCGCCGGCGGGCUGCGUUCGCCGGCUAUGUGACUGUUUGUGGCUUGUCCCUCCUGGUGUUGCUCUGCGUCCUGGCUGCAGGAGAAGAGGCCAGAGAGGCGGCCAUACUGCUCUGGACACCCAGUGCGGGACUGGUGCUGGGGGCUGGCACGGUCUACCUCUUUCACAUGCAUGAGGCCAAAGGCUUAUGUCGGGCCCAGGCUGAACUCCAGCAUGUUCUGAGAAGGGAAAAGGAGACCCAGGUGCUAGGCUCAGAGCAGCAGGAGGGAGACAGAGCUGAAGAACAAUAAAACUUACUUAACACUC